AUGACGACACGAGCCGUUCAGAGCCGACUCCAUUGCGUAGCAGCGCCGCGUCGAUACCACUCCUACGAUCACCCGCCGCCUCCUCCUAUUUUCAGCGCUGCUGAGAGCGCUAUACUAUCGGCCGCCUACGCACAUGUCCCCGAGCACGGUUUCACCCAAAGGGCGCUCAGCCUUGGGGCGCGCACCGCCGGCUAUCCUGACAUCAGCAUCAGUGUGCUCCCUGAGGGCGUGUUCAGCCUGAUCAAAUAUCAUCUUGUGACUGCGCGCGAGGGUCUGGCACCUCGCAAGGUCAGCGUACUGGGGGGCACGGAGAACAGCCAGCUCAUCCCUAUACCAGAGAGAGUUGAGCUGCUGACAUGGGAGAGACUGCAAGCUAACGGGGCAGUCAACCACCGCUGGCAAGAGGCAUUAGCCAUCAUGGCACAGCCUAGCAACAUACCAGGCGCCCUCCACGAAUUGGCUCUCCUCGUCGACGAAAUCUACCAUCUAUCCGGUGAUACGAGCGUCGACCCUUCCUGGUACACAAAACGGGGCGCGCUCUCCCUAGUUUAUACUUCGACAGAGCUAUUUAUGACCAACGAUCGCUCGCCAGGCUUCCAAGAAACACGAGCCUUCCUGCAGAGAAGGCUCAACGAGUCAGACUCUCUGGGCUGGGCGUUUGGUAGCGUACGGCAGUGGGUUGGUUUCACGGCAUCUGCUGGUGUAAAUGUUCUGCGGAGCAAAGGCGUGCGCAUAUGA